AUGUCAGCCAGAAAGGGCUAUCUGCUCCCUUCGCCAAAUUAUCCCACAACAAUGUCAUGCUCGGAGAGCCCUGCCGCGAACUCUUUUUUGGUCGACUCGCUCAUCAGCUCCGGCAGAGGCGAAGCGGGAGGCGGUGGCGGCGGCGCGGGGGGCGGCGGCGGCGGCGGCGGCUACUACGCCCACGGCGGGGUCUACCUGCAGCCUGCCGCCGACCUGCCCUACGGGCUGCAGAGCUGCGGACUCUUCCCGGCGCUGGGCGGCAAGCGCAAUGAGGCGGCGUCUCCGGGUAACAGUGGCGGUGGCGGCAGCGGGGGCCUGGGUCCCGGGGCGCACGGCUACGCACCCGCGCCCAUAGACCUGUGGCUGGACGGGCCGCGGUCGUGCCGGAUGGAGCUGCCCGAGGGCCCACCGCCCCCGCAGCCCCAGCAGCAGCCGCCGCCCCCGCCGCAGCCACCCCAACCCCCGCCGCAGGCCACCUCCUGCUCUUUCGCACAGAACAUCAAAGAGGAGAGCUCCUACUGCCUCUACGACUCCGCGGACAAAUGCCCCAAAGGCUCGGCCGCCGCUGCCGAUCUGGCCCCCUUCCCGCGGGGCCCGCCGCCCGACGGCUGCUCUCUGAGCGCCUCUAGCGGGGUGCCAGUGCCGGGCUACUUCCGUCUCUCGCAGGCCUAUGGCACCGCCAAGGGUUACGGCAGCGGCGGCGGAGCGCAGCAGCUCGGCGCCGGCCCGUUCCCCGCGCAGCCCCCGGGACGUGGCUUCGACCCGCCGCCCGCUCUAGCCUCGGGCUCUGCGGACGCGGCCGGGAAGGAGCGAGCCCUCGAGUCGCCACCUCCCCCUACGCUGGCUUGUGGCGGCAGUAGCGGCGGGGGCUCCCAGGGCGAUGACGAGGCUCAUGCGUCGUCCUCAGCCGCGGAGGAGCUCUCCCCUGCCCCUUCCGAGAGCAGCAAAGCCUCGCCCGAGAAGGACUCCCUGGGUAAUUCCAAAGGCGAAAAUGCAGCCAACUGGCUGACGGCAAAGAGCGGCCGGAAGAAGCGCUGCCCCUACACCAAGCACCAGACGCUGGAGCUGGAGAAGGAGUUUCUGUUCAACAUGUACCUUACUCGAGAGCGGCGCCUAGAGAUCAGCCGCAGCGUCCACCUCACGGACAGACAAGUGAAAAUCUGGUUUCAGAACCGCAGGAUGAAACUGAAGAAAAUGAACCGAGAAAACCGGAUCCGGGAGCUCACAGCCAACUUUAAUUUUUCCUGAUGAAGCUCCAGGCAUCGCCGUUUUUUUGUUUUGUUUUGUUUUGUUUUUUCGCUUCCAGAAAGCCGGUCCCCUCCCUCUGUCUUCGGCCUCUGUGCUUGGAACUCGCACCUGUGCCGGAGCCCAUGUCCUCCCUCCCAGACUCGCCAUCUCGCCUGCCGUUACAGCUGUGCAGGGCUGGUUUGUUCUGAGUUUUUGUUUCUUUGUCUGAUCGCUUGGUGCUGUUUUACUUGUUUUCUGGGGGAAAAAGCCAUAUCGUGCUCAAAUUCUAUAGAGAUAGGUAUUGUCCUAAUUGUCAAGUGCUGACUGCGCUGGGUUGGCUGCCUUGGAGGCCCACUACUCAGAAGUGGUCCCUGUCCUCCUGGCCAAGCUGGUUUUCUGGCCAGCCACUAGGCAAACCUAGUAGGAAGGCCGAGGUCCCAUUCUCGGAGGUGAGGUGUCUGGCCUGAGGUCAAUGGUGAGAGAAGUCACCAGGCUGGUCUGCCGGGAGUGCUGGGUUGUGUUUAAUCAGGGGAUACAGGCCCCUGGGUUUCUUUUUUCUUUCUUCUUUUCUUCCUUGGCAAAGACAAGGGUUUACAGGCAUGGACAUGCAGGUUGGCAAAAGGGUUUGACUUUGGCUGAUUGGGAAAUCGAGAAAGAAAGAUUCAGAAAGAUUAAAUUUUCCUUCCUCUGUAAGAUAUCGUAGCUUUAAAAGAAAGAAACAAACAAGACCAGGAGAAGAAAACUUCUCUUCCAGUUUCUUCAAGGUCCUGCAUUACUUAACUAAAUUAUUUCACUUACCUCUGAAUUUCCGUAUCUUUCUAGCUGUAGAUUAAUAAUCUAAUGUAGUUUUCUUUAUACAUGUGGAAUUCGUGGGGGGUUUUGUCCUGAAAUAAUCGUUACCACUGGUAACACAAGACAA